ACGGUUACUCUUUGUUCGUCUUACUGCUCGACUAUCACUUCCGUCUUUGUGACACUCGUUUGCCGGCCUCUAUCUUUCUUUGUUUUUUAUUCUUUCAAGAAUUCCAAAUUCUCCUAUGAAAAAACAAAAUUUAAUUUUCACAUUCUAAAAUCUCAUCAAUCAAUCACUUUCAAGUGAAGUAAAAACCUAGAAUUUUGUUCUCCAUUUUAUUUGGGCUUUCCAAAUAUCACCCAACAAAGAAGGGAAGAAAAUGAGGUGGGAGAGAUGGAGUCAGGAGAAGGAAGGUGGGCCAGGAAAGAGAUGGGGACACACUUGCAACGCCAUUAAAGGAGGGAAGCUUCUUUAUGUUUUUGGUGGUUAUGGCCAAAACAAUUCUCAAACUAACCAAGUUCAUGUUUUUGACACUGAGACUCAAACAUGGAGUGAGCCAGCCAUAAAGGGAACUCCACCAAUACCCAGGGAUAGUCAUACUUGUACAACAGUUGGUGAUAACCUCUUUGUGUUUGGUGGCACAGAUGGACUGAACCCCCUUGGAGAUUUGCAUAUACUGGACACAUCCUCUAAUACAUGGAUAUCUCCCCGUGUUUGGGGUGAUGGACCACAAGCAAGAGAGGGCCAUAGCGCAGCGCUUGUUGGACAACGACUCUUCAUCUUUGGUGGAUGUGGCAAAUCUUUGAAAAAUCCAAGAGAAGUGUACUAUAAUGAUCUCUAUAUAUUGAAUACUGAGUCUUUUGUGUGGCAAUGUGCUGUAACAUUUGGAAGGCCACCACCUGCGCGAGAUAGCCACUCAUGUUUGUCUUGGAAAAACAAAAUGGUCGUUAUCGGUGGUGAAGAUGAGCAAGAUUAUUACUUGUCUGAUGUUCACAUUCUUGAUACAGAUAAUCUUGUUUGGAAAGAGCUGCAUACAUCUGGUCAAUGGCUGUCUCCUCGUGCUGGGCACUCAACUGUUUCCUUUGGGAAGCUCAUAUUUGUUUUUGGAGGAUUCACUGAUGCCCAGAAUCUGUAUGACGAUCUGUAUAUGCUUGAUAUUGAAACGGGUAUUUGGACCAAUAUCUUGCCCACUGGUGAUGGACCUUCUGCCCGAUUCUCUAUGUCUGGUGACUGUUUGGAUCCAUCAAAGAAUGGUGUUUUGGUCUUCAUAGGUGGCUGUAACAAGAAUCUGGAGGCUCUUGAAGACAUGUACUACUUGCACACAGGACUUACGAGGGAUGAUGGUAGAGAUGAGCCAAGGCCGGAGAAAUUAUCUCUCCGAAAGCAGUUGAAGAUGAAGUGUCAAGAACAAUACAUUCAGCAUUCUCCGCAGAAUGAUAAGACAAUUGUCACAUAUGAGACCACUAAUCUUAGUACACAAAAUCAGCAGUAUUUUCAUCUGAACAUGUACCGACCUCCAACAGGGAAGAGAACAUUUCAAGCCAAAGCAAUGAAAAACUUUGCAAAUGGAUAUACCAUUGAAACCGUUAUUGACGGAAAGCCUUUACGUGGAAUUCUUUUCUCGACGGCCCCUGCAGCUAACUUAAGUCCUCAUAGGAAAAAAGACUUAGAAAAUACGUCUAAGCCGAAUGAAAAUCAGGGUCCUAGUACAGUAUCUCCGACUUUCCACGAGUCUCCUGCUGAACCUUCCAAUACCAAAGACACUAAAACUGCAGACCAUACAGAUAUGGGCCAGUCUCCAGAGGUAGUUAUGAUAGACGCGCAGAAUUUAAUCAAAUCAAAUACGAAUGGUGUAAUCUGUAAAACUGGUGGAACAGCCUCAGGAGAAUUAGCUGUCUCGGACUAUCCAUCUUCAGUAGCUGAAGCCUCUGCUGUUUCACCUACUAACCAAGCGAUGACAGAAGACCAAGUACCGACUGCUGAAGGAACGUGAAGUCUGCAUAUUGGGAUAAUCCUUUGGCGCUCAUACAUCAAUUUUGACAUUUUGAAAAAACGAUACUUUGCAGUUAGUAUUAGGCUAUUUGCAAGCUCGAAACGACUGCUAGAUUAGAUUAGAAGCUCUUUCACCAACAAAAGUCCCUUGCUUUGUAGGCUGUCGAGCUGAUCAGCUUUGCAAGUCUGGGAAUGACCCUCCUUUACUCCACAGUGCAGCCUGUACCUCCGAUUAGCUAUAGAAAUAGGUCGAUUUUUAUUGUUCGUCAUAUACACUCGAUUUUGAGCAUUACUAUGGAUUUGAUAACAUGUUAAGCUCGUCGAAGAAUCUUAAAAUCUCAACACUAGUUCAACCCAUUAGAUUAAAAUUGUGUCGAUCUACUUAAAUAUGUCAUGUUAAAUUAACUCGAUAUCAACCCACAAAUUUUAACCCUAAUUUUUUUAUGCUAAGGAUUUGCAAACCAAUUUUUUUUAUUGAUUUUUUUUCUAAGUUGCAGCUUGCAAUCUUUGACAAUGUAAUUAUAUUUUCAUGGGUAAAAAUCUUGUAUGAGACUCUCACUUUAGUUAAAAAAUUUGUUGCUAUGAUAACAUUUAAUUGUUUAUCUAUUUAAUAAUUAUCAUUGUGAAACUAUCUAAAUAUUCCGUUGACUUUAUAGUUGACCUUGACUUUCUCAAUUUCUUACAUGCCUUGCUUGAUCACCAAGUUACUAACUCUGAAAACACUAAAAUAACUACCCACUUAUCGUAUUAACCAACCAUGUCUUCUCCUCACCUACCAAUACCAUGAUACCCAUG